UUGCCUCCUCGUGCUAACAGUCGAUGGGCUCGCGCAGCCGCUCACGCGAGCCCGCGCCAGUGCCAGCAGCCAUGGACGGACCCACGAUGAUGCACUUCAGAGAGAUGCUUCGCUCCGAGAUCAAGGGGCCGAUGGCGAAACAUUUCGCGGACGUAAAGACGUCCAUCGACAACGAGCGCAGGGACGUCGAGAGGCACGAAAGGCGCCUCAACAACAUGGAGCAGGAGCUCGAGGACCUGCGCGAGGGACGUCCGGCGGCCCCCUCAUCCACGGCGGCUUCAUCGAUUGGGCAUCCGCUGCGCUUCUCUGGGGUCGAGAGCGCGUCGGCACAGAUGGUCGCGUCGGGGCCGAAGAGAGCGUGCGACCAGAUUUGUGU